AUGAUCAUACUUGACAAUUUUCGAUUAGUUAUAUUUUAUAUUAUUUUUUAUUUUAAUCAUUAUGAUUGUUCAAUAAAUACUGAUUCAUCAGGAUUUAAUUUUGAACAAGAAUCAUUGCCGUAUUCUUCUUCCAUUGAAAAAAGUACUAUUGUUCGUCGAUCAGUUAGUAAUCAUAAAUGUGGAAAUUUAACUUGUAGAAAUGGUGGUACAUGUAAAGAUUAUCAAUGUCAAUGUUCUGAUAAUUUUAUGGGUCAUGAUUGUAGUAUAGCACGAUGUGGUCAUAAUUGGUGUUCGCAAACAGGCGGAAAAUGUGAUAAAAAAAAACAAAACUGUCAUUGUCUACGUCGAUCUGGUGGUCCUGAUUGUAGUGGUCUUAAAUGUGGUCAUGGAAAAGCCAAUGGUUUAGUUUGCUUUAAUGGUGCUACUUGUGGUAAUGAUUCGGAAACAUGUAAUUGUCGUUCGGGUUAUCGAGAUAAUGGAUCAGGUUGUCUAACACAAAUAUGUUCGAAUGGUGAUUUAUGUUAUACAAAUAAUGGUAUUUGUACAGCUACUGGAUGUAAAUGUCGAUCAAAUUCAACACAUGGAUCCGAUUGUUCUCAAAGAGCUUGUGGUAGAUCAGGUUUAAUCUGUCAUAAUGGAGGUUCAUGUACUGAUGAUAAACAUUGUCAAUGUUUAUAUGGGUGGACUGGUGUUACUUGUACUGGUCGAAAAUGUCCGGGAUUUAAGAAUCUUAUUUGUUCUGCAACAACAUGUCCUGCUGUGGGUCAUGCACCUGUAUGUCAGUGUCCAGCAAAUGCUAAAGGAAAUGAUUGUUCUGGAAUAACUUGUGGAAAUAAAGGAUUAGCUUGUUAUAAUAGUGGUACUUGUAAUACAUCAUCAUCAACAUGUUCUUGUUUAGCUGGAUUUGGUGGAGCUGAUUGUAGAGCUGUACAAUGUGCAGGACAUCCAAAUUUAUUUUGUUAUAAUGGUGGUUGUCCACGUGUAGGCCAUGAUCCUGAAGCACAAUGUAUCUGUUCAAAUCCUUAUACAGGUACUGAUUGUUCACAAAUGAUAUGUAGUCAUAGUGCACUGACAUGUUAUAAUAAUGGUGAAUGUACAAAUGGUCGAACUUGUAAUUGUCCACCUGGUUAUGGAGGAAUAGAUUGUCGUGGACUUCCAUGUGGAUCUGAAUUUUGUUAUAAUGGUGGAGAAUGUGUAACUAAUGGAACUACUAAACAAAUGCAAUGUGUUUGUUCAGGCAAUUAUACACUUUCUGAUUGUUCAGCAGAGAAAUGUUCUGAGAAUGGUCCUAUCUGUUAUAAUGAUGGUAUUUGUGAAAGAGAUGAUGAUGGUAAUUAUACAUGUCAAUGCAUUGGAGAAUGGGCAGGUGCUGAUUGUUCGGCGACUACAUGUCAUCAUGUAUUAUGUUAUAAUGGUGGAUAUUGUGAUGAUGAUAAAAAAGGAAAGGAUGGUUGUAUAUGUGUAGAUGGUUGGUUAGGAGCUGAUUGUCGAGCUAGAUCAUGUGGAUCUAAUGGACUUAUUUGUCAUAACAAUGGAUUAUGUGUAGUAUCUUCUAAUGGUAGUUCUGCUUGUCAAUGUGAACAUCCAUGGUUUGGUGCAACGUGUGAAGAACAGAUGUGUGGUACUGAUGGUUUAGUUUGUUUGAAUAGUGGUGUCUGUUCAUUGACUGAUACUAAUGAUACAUCGCCAACAUGUAUAUGUUCAUAUGGUUUUGCUGGUGAUGAUUGUUCAGCUGUUGUAUGUGGUUCAGAAGGUAAUGCUUGUUUCAAUCAUGGGUACUGCAAUGAAACAACUGGUAUUUGUAUUUGUCCUCCACCAUUGACCAGUGAUGAUUGUCGUGGCAAUAUUUGUGGUGCUAAUACAACCAAUAGUAUAGUUUGUCAAAAUGAUGGUAUUUGUGUAAAAAAUUCUGAUGGUGAAUGGGCAUGUAAUUGUACACGAGGAUGGACAGGUCCUUAUUGUAUGUUAAAUAUAUGUGGUGAUGAUUCAUCAUCAAGUUUAAUGUGUGCACAUGAAGGAACAUGUGUACAUUCAACAACAACAGGCUCUUAUUCAUGUUCAUGUCAAUCUCAAUGGACAGGUCCAGAUUGUUCAGGUAUGCGAUGUCAAGAACCUGACAUUACAUGUUAUAAUCAAGUUGAUUUUAAUGCUGAUGUAUGUACAUCAAAAGGUUGUGAUUGUCUUAAUGAUGGUUAUGGUGCUGAUUGUAGAGGUGUUCGAUGUGGUUUAGAACCCGGUCGAUGUUACCAUGGAGCUGUAUGUAUAGAUGCACAUAAUAGUACUUGUUCAUCGUGUCCAACUGGUAUUAGUGGUAGAGAUUGUUCUAUGAUGACAUGUCCUGGUGUUAAAAGUGGUUAUUGUUUUAAUGGUGGCGUUUGUAUAAAUGGAACAACUUGCUUGUGUGGUCAGCGAAGUGAAUGGUCAGGUGUUGAUUGUUCUGAAAGAAAAUGUUCAGGAAAUUAUAGAUGUUUAAAUGGUGGUUCAUGUAAUCAGAAGUCUAAAGAACAUUCAUGUAUUUGUCCACCGUUCUUCGAAGGAAAGAAAUGUGAAAUUCCAAUACAACAUUAA